AAUCCAAGAACAUCAAUUAGAUCAGCAAAGACUAUCCGAAAUCGAAGAUGUUUUACAACAAAGUACUCUAUCAGCUUACCAAAGAAGUGCAAUUAUAAGUAAGAUGCCAGACUUAUUCCAAGAAUUAACUAUAGUUAUACAAAAUCCACAAGUAAGGCAAACAAGGAGACGUCCAGUUGGGGCGAGAAACCAUGCUCAAUCAUCUACUGAAAGGGACUCAUCUGCUUUUGAAUUGGUUGAAUCAGAAAGGAAAUGUGGUAUAUAUCAUGAAUCCGGGCACAAUAGUAGAACAUGCCCGAAUGCGGAAAGUACAAGUGAAGAUAUUGAAUCUGACGUAGAUGUAGCUGAAGACGACGUAGAUGUAGUUGAAGCCGAUAUUGAGAUGGUUGAUGCCGAUAUAGUUGAAAAAGAUUUAGUUGAAAAAGAUGAUGAUAUAAUUGAAAUAGAU